CAGAAAUGAAGAAGAGAAUCAGCAGCUUUACGGACGGAGAGGAUGGAUUGGUUUGUACAGAGAGGACGACAGUAGUCCAUGGAAGUGGUCCAGAGGAGACGAGAAAGCCAACUACACCUCCUGGUACACUAAUGAACUGGACUCAAACCAAAACUGUGCGUUUAAGAAUUUUAAAUAUGACACAUGGUGGAAGUCUCCCUGUUAUAAUGGCCGCGCUUUCAACUGUUACGAUGAGACGUUGGUCCUGGUGAAGGAGAAUAAGACGUGGGAGGAGGCGUUGGACCACUGCAGGUCUCUCGGGGGAGUGGACACCUCUACCAACAGGGACCACCGCUAUGACCUGGUGACACUGUCCUCUGAAUUUGACCACAGCUUUGCAAGAACUGAAGCCCGAGAAGCUACCACCGAUGAGGUGUGGACGGGCCUGCGUUUCCUGGCUGGUGAGUGGCUGUGGGUGAGCGGAGAACAGGUGAUGUACAACAAAAUUCAAAGGUGCGAGGCUGACCGGUUCUGUGGCGUCCUGGAGAGGAAGACCACUUCAUUCUUUGGGAUAAGGAGCUGCAACGAGAGAAGAAACUUCUUUUGUCAGAAGAGGCUUUAAACCAGUAGAUACAUGCAGCUAAAUACAUUUACUUGGGUACUUUAGUAAGUUAAAGGUGUCUUUGUUCGUCUUUCCAUUUUAUGAAAAAUAGUUCCUUUCUACUGUUAUAUUCUGAAAGUAAAACUCUGUAUAAUAUUCCAAAUGUAGGCAUGGUUUGGUAUGAUUACCUGUCUAUUACAAUGAAAACCCUGAUUAAACCAGUGAUAUGUUGCUUCCCUUACCUUCUAUAUUAUUAUAAGAGCAGCAUUUCAGUGGAGGUCUUUUUCCUCCAUUUGAGCAUUUAUUAAAAAUCCAUUUCAAGCCUACUGAUUGUAUUCCAUUUAUUUCUUUAUUCUGAUAAAACAUGUUGUCUAUGUGACACUUGCAUGACACUGCUUUGCAACUUGUUGACACUCUGGAAAGAUGACUCGGAAGAGAGGAUGUAAAUGUACCUGGCAUGUUUACUCUAGAUUUGCAUGAUCUUGUGACUGGAAAUUAUGGUCUAAAGGUUUUGCCGGUGUGCUGAGUAUUUAACAGACUUGGCUGAGGAGAAGACUUCCUAAGCUGACCUCCUCUUGUCUCAAAAAGUGCAAAUUAUCCAGUGGAAAACAUGACAAGGAAGAUGUGCAUUCUUGUGCUCCUGCUUCUCGUCGUUGUUCCUUUGUGUGAGCAAGCACUUAUGAACAUAACAACAUAUACUAACAAACGCCGGACAUGGAAUGAGGCACAGAACUUCUGCAGGACGCGCCACACUGACCUGGUGACAAUCAGAAAUGAAGAAGAGAAUCAGCAGCUUAACGGACGCAGAGGAUGGAUUGGUUUGUACAGAGAGGACGACAGUAGUCCAUGGAAGUGGUCCAGAGGAGACGAGAAAGCCAACUACACCUUUUUCGACCCUAGUGAACUGGACUCAAAGCAAAACUGUGCGUUUAAGUAUCCGAAUUACGACACAUGGUGGAACGGUCCCUGUACAGUUGAUCACUCUUUCAUCUGUUACGAUGAGACGUUGGUCCUGGUGAAGGAGAAUAAGACAUGGGAGGAGGCGUUGGACCACUGCAGGUCUCUCAGGGGAGUGGACACCUCUACCAACAGGGACCACCGCUACGACCUGGUGACACUGUCCUCUGAAUUUGACCACAGCUUUGCAAGAAGUGAAGCCCGAGAAGCUACCACCGAUGAGGUGUGGACGGGCCUGCGUUUCCUGGCUGGUGAGUGGCUGUGGGUGAGCGGAGAACAGGUGAAGUACGACAACAUUCAAAGGUGCGAGGCUGACCGGUUCUGUGGUGUCCUGGAGAGGAAGAACACUUCAUUCUUUGGGACAAGGAGCUGCAACGAGAGAAGAAACUUCUUUUGUCAGAAGAGGCUUUAAACCACUAGAUCCAUGCAGCUAAAUACAUUUACUUGGGUACUUUAGUAAGUUAAAGGUGUCUUUGUUCGUCUUUCCAUUUUAUGAAAAAUCGCUCCUUUCUACUGUUAUAUUCUGAAAGUAAAACUCUGUAUAAUACUCCAAAUGUAGGCAUGGUUUGGUAUAAUUACCUGUCUAUUAUAAUGAAAACCCUGAUUAAACCAGUGAUAUGUUGCUUCCCCUACCUUCUAUAUUAUUAUAAGAGCAGCAUUUCAGUGGAGGUCUUUUUCUUCCAUUUGAGCAUUUAUUAAAAAUCCAUUUCAAGCCUA